UCAUUCCCUCUGGAAGGGAGCUGGAUGAGUUGGGAUUUGGAAGGGCUGUACAGGCACUUGGAGAAGGGAAGAGAUGAGACAUGAAGGCUUCCAUGGACACAAAGAGCUUCUGAGGUACUUCUGAGUCUUCUUCUUUAGAAGGGAGAAGACUGAGGCCUGCUGAGCCCGUCCUGGCACUCUGGAGGGUCUGGGAGAGCUCCAGCCCCGCUGCAGCUGAGCCCCCCGGGCAGCCCCAUGGACUCUCCCCACCUCCUGCAUUUGGGUUUCCUGCUCCUGGCUCUUGCUGCUCCCCAUCCAAGUAUUGCCAUGCCCACUGUUGGCCCUGCUGAAGGGAGAGAAGAUUCUUCCUCUGGCAGCACAACUGUGACAGUCUACCACUGUAAGGACUACAAGAGCUGCACAUGCAAGUCUAGGGAAAAUAAUUUUAAAAACUUUACAAUAAUCGCUGAAACACAAAACAAGACAUUUUCAGAUGUACUAACUGAGCUGGUGACCAACGAAACACACAUGACUGUUUGCUUUGAGCAAGAAAAUUCCUGUCUUGAAGGAAUUUAUGGCGUCUUCUGGCAGAAAGCUGGGGGAGCAGGACUCUCCUGUGGCAUUCUGAAUUAUGGAGAAAAUGGAAGAGGUAACACCAAUACUGAGGAGAAGAAUAUUUGCUGUGAAGCAGAGACAAAUAUCUGGAGACACAACCCUACCCUGAAGUGCUACACUCAAAAGUCACAUUCAAAACCCAUCACACUUCCAGUUGACUCUCCUGGUAAUCCUGAACUUCUCACCAGCAGCAAAAAGACCAGCAUUGGCAUCUUGCUCUCACUCCUGUUUGCUGGGGUUUGUGCAGGAUGUGUCGCCACGUGUUACGUCCUGCGGCGGCGGCGUGGCCAAGCUGUUAGUCAAUACAGACAGGCUUCUAAUGAAGAAAACCUCGAGCGUCUUUGAUAACCAAGCAAGGGAGAAAACCUCUUUGCCAGCAGCAUCCUCCUCCUUUCUUACAAUGUCCAGCCACCAGCUGAACACAGACUGAUUUUCCAUGAGAACUCCUGCUCUUGUAUUCACAAAAACUCCCUUUUUCACAAAUGUACCUUCACCACGUCCACACCUUCCCCGAGCACUGUGACUCUGGUCCAGCUCCAGGCCUUUGGGAGCAGCACAGGCAGCAGCAGGAGCCCCCAUCCUCUGCUGGUGUUGGCUGCAGACAGCAGGAACCCCAGGAGUGUGGCUGACUGAGCAGCACAGGCUGGAACCAGCUGAAUUCUCUGUGCCACUGUGUUGUGAGGUGCCUCAGGGAGACAAAGACUUCGCUUCAGAAAUGCAUUUGUCUACGUGAGAGGCGUGGCUGGAAGCCAGGCUACUGUGAAUUUUGACCUCCUGCUUUGAAGGAUGGGCAGUGUGAGCCCUGGAUGAAAUUACAACACCCCAGACCUCUUGGGAGGAGUGGCCCAGGAGUUCUGGUUGGGUUUGAGUCCCUGGGGGUUUCUCCUUUGUGUUUCUAGUGGUCCCUAACCCUAAACCCCACUCUCAAAGGUGGAGACCCUCAAGAGUUCUGUCCUUCAAAACCCCUCACCCUGCUUUUGUUCAGGACUCUCUGUCUCUGAAUGACAGUUUGUUCCCAUGCUGAAAAAAUGGUUUCAUGAACAGGGGCCUGUCUCUGCUGGUUCCCAGAAACUGUGGCUUCCCUGGCCAUGAUCCUGCAGUUGUGGACUGCAACACCUCUCAAAGUGUGAACUGCUCUGGAACAACGUCUUUCACUUGGUAAUGCCACAGCAGCACGCAGGUUUUAUUUAAUAGUUCAUAUGUUUUUUAAUUCUCAGGUCACCUCUGGAUUCACCAAAGCCUUUUGCACAGUUGGCUGGUUGGUUGAGCUGGAGCAGUUUGGGUUUUUGA